AUGACCUCUAAGGAGCUAUUUACACAGAUAUUGCAUAAACAUCACAAAAGCCUACCGAUUAGUGAGAAAGAAUCGUCUUGUCACGGGGUGAUAUAUCUGAUAGAGAAUACCAUAGCUGCUGGUAGGGCCCUCAAAAGUCCCAAUGAAUCUCUAAUCGACCGGGCACCAGUUAGACCCCCCUUUGACCUGACCGGAACACUUUCUUCCUCCAGCAAUGGCACACAGCGCAAAGGACUGGCCCAUAGCCCAGAUCCAUUCAGAAAGAAUCCCGGCAAGACCAUACAAGAAUUACCAAAGAGCCUGGGUCUCCCUCAAGCUCUAAAGUCUCGACAUUCUACAUCAUCCACACUUAUCGUAAGGGAUGAUGAGUCCCCUUGGGAUAACUUUGAGCCAGCCUUCCACUGCAGACUCGCAGGCUCUAUCGUGGUCUGCGUGCAGCAAACUCGUCCGUUUCAAACGGCCGCGAAGCGAGAGUAUGCCAUGGAAAAUACAGAGAGAAUCCACGGCUUGUAUCAGCAGCUUCAACAUGAGAAUAUAUUGUCAGUAAAAGAAUGUUACACGGACAACAGUCGAUUCUAUAUCCGAGUAGAUGAUCUCCCUGUGACUCUUGAGCACCUGGUUUUGAAUGGCCUGUUCUACUUAGUCGCAUCUGGUUUCGAGCACACAGCCUUGACAUGCUCAAACAUUCUCCUCGGAUCUGAUAGGACUGUAAAGAUUAGUAAGACUGGUCCAUUCCUCGCUUGUCACAAAUCCAUGGCCGCUAUUAUGAUGCAACCGAUGCAUAAGUACGAAAAGAAGAAUGGAGUGAUUGGCGUGGAUAACCUGAGGCACUGGCCGCUGGACUUGUUCGCCGUCGAUUUCCUCACUACUACUUCCUCCGCUAGGUCAAUAAAGAUACUAAAACAGCAUUCAUUUGUUAUGGAAAACAACCGCGCGCGGGGGAAUUCAAUUGGAUUAGCCCGCUUGGCACUGAUUACGACAAAGACAUUCUAUUCCAUGAUUAUUAAUAUGUAG